AUGAAUUUUGACCAGAAAGCUGUGAAAUUCCUGGCAAACUUUUACAUCAAUGGAGGAAAACACUGGACCCACGGCCCCCUGAGGUUAAAGUCAUUGGUGCCCAGUAACUUCAAGGGCGAGGGGUGGGGGGUGGGGCAGCUCAGGUGCACGCAGGCAGUGUGGGUGGACCGAGGCUGUCCUGUCUGCAGGCCCAAGGAUGCUGCUUUGCGGGGCCCAGGUGCAGGCGCCGCCUGGGAGAUGUGGCCCCCAGCGGUGGUGCUGGAGUCCCCGGAGGGCUCCAGGAUGCACAGGGGCCCCCUCCAGGAGUCCCAGCAAAACUGCACCCGCAGCCUGAAGGAGCUGUGGCUGGAGCAACGCCCCCCCAUCAUGAUCGACCCGGACGUCCCCGGCCCCACCAAGUACCCAGUGCCAGAUGCUUCGGUGCGCGAAUCCUCCCCGCACCCCCACUUCAGCAUCGGCCGCAAGCACCCCGCCCCCGAGGGCGGUGGCCGCAGGGCGUGGCAGACCGCGUGGUUGCAAAGCGAAAGCCCCUUCACACAGAAAGUCGAUUUCUGUUGGGAGCAAAAGUGGCCGUCGCCCGCCGACUACCGUCCACUCAGUGGCCCUGCUUUCCCGGCCUUUAGCUUCGGGGGCCCCCGCACCACCUCCAAGACCCGCGAUGUGCGCACACGUCCAGGGCUGCUUCGGGCCCGCGGUGCAGGUCCCCGGUCUCAGCCCCUGUCGCAGCUUCCCAGCCCCGGCACCUACGACAUCCUUCCAGGGUGCCGCCUGCGGGGCCCGCGUUCGCCCGCCUUCACCAUGAGCCGCUCCCCUGUGUCCGCCUCGUGGGUCAGCUCCUCCCACACCCCCGGCCCAGCCGCCUACUACGUGGAGGAUUGCUAUAACUCGCGCUUCCCCUCGGCGCCCGGAGUGGUCAUCCAGGGCGUGCGAAGACCCAAGCGCCAUGAUACAGGCCCGUUCUGCGCACUUUAGAGCCAGAUGGGGAGUUACCGCAUGGACCCUGCCUGCCCCGGCGCCUUUCCAGACCUCCCUUUGGGACUCAGCGACCCUAAUCUGGACGUUUAACCCUCUGGCACCCCGGAUCUAUGC